UACACGCGUGGUGGCAGGCGAGUGAUCCUCGCCGAUCAAUUCGGGGCGUCGCUCGAGUUCGGAAAAUUCAAGCCAUUCUUUCAGAAGUGGGGGCUUUCUUGGGAUGCAGGGUCGUACCAUCGCACGACAUUCGCCCUCAAUCCUGUAGGAGUACCCUCGCCUCUGCGGCCAGACGCUCUCUUCCAAGCAUAUAGCAUGAAGGCCACGCAUCUGAAGGGUGUCGCGCGCCAGCAUCGCGUAUACGUUCCUACGCGCGGAUCUCGCACCGAGUCGCAAGUCUUCGAGUCUAUGCCCAUAACUGGCGCUCUCCUCGACGAAUCCCCAGCGGCAUGGGCUCCUGUGGGAAAGGGAUAUUUAGGCUUCGUUGGUGAUGUCAAUGCCGAACAAGAAGCUACUAGGCUCAUCAUUGAGAUGUGUGGC